GGUCUGGCGGUCCCUGCGCCGAGAACGUAAUGUUCGCCAACGCCGUCGCAGCCGGCGUAUCUUCCGCCAUGGUCCCGGGCAUUCCAGACGCCCAGGGCAAGCCAGUCGCGUUAACGCAUGUUGUGGCCGUAGCGAAUGAUGAUCGGGGGGUCAUCAGUCCGUGUGGCAGGUGCAGGCAGAUGAUGUUUGAUUAUUAUCCUGAUAUCAAGGUUAUUGUUAAAGAUGAUGAGGGCGUGCUGAGGACGGUUAGUGUGCAGCAGUUGUUGCCGUUUGCGUAUGAUCAGAAGAGGAUUAGGAGGUUGGGGGAUCCGGCGAAAGCUGCUCUUGAUUAUUGA